UAUAUCUCAUUCUCAAAGAAGUUAAUAGGUGAGAGCAACUGAUAAAGCCUUUUAUCUUUGAGAGAGAGAGAGAGAGAGAGAGAGAGAGAGAGAUGGGAUAUUCCGGUGAUGAAUUUGACGUAAUUGUAGUGGGAGCGGGAGUCAUGGGCAGCUCCACGGCAUACCAACUAGCCAAAAGAGGGCAGAAAACCCUGCUUCUAGAGCAGUUCGAUUUUCUUCACCACCGGGGUUCUUCUCAUGGCGAGUCGCGCACCAUACGAGCAACAUACCCUGAGGACUACUACUACGGCAUGGUCAAUGAGUCCUAUCAACUGUGGGAGCAGGCCCAGUCUGAAAUUGGCUUCAGGGUCUACUUCAAGGCCCAACAGUUCGACAUGGGCCCAGCUGAUUCCAAGAGCCUACUCUCUGUCAUUGCCACGUGUCGAAAGAACGCCAUCCCACAUCAGGUCCUCAACCGCCAGCAAGUGACCGAAAGAUUUUCCGGAAGGAUUGACAUACCGGAGGACUGGAUUGGAGUGUCUUGUGAGCAAGGUGGUGUUAUCAAGCCCACCAAGGCAGUGUCAAUGUUCCAAAUGCUGGCGUUUAGGUAUGGUGCAUUCCUCAGAGACAACGUGGAGGUGAAUAGUAUAACCAAAGAUGGUGUGAGAGGAGGGGUAAUAGUGAGUGCAAGCAAUGGCGAAAAGUUUUGGGGUAAAAAAUGUGUGGUGACAGCAGGCGUUUGGAUGAGAAAGUUGGUCAAAAAAGUUAGUGGGAUUGAACUGCCCAUUCAACCAUUGGAAACUAAUGUAUGCUAUUGGAGGAUUAAGGAAGGGCAUGAGGCUAAGUAUGCAAUUGGAAGUGAUUUUCCAACAUUCGCUAGCUAUGGGAAGCCAUAUAUAUACGGCACACCAUCAUUGGAGUAUCCGGGGCUGAUUAAAAUAGCAGUGCAUGGAGGGUACCCAUGUGACCCAGAUAAAAGGCCAUGGGGACCUGGAAUCAUACCCCGCUCCUUGAAGCAAUGGAUUGAGAAGACAUUUCGAGGGUUGGUUGAUUCAAAUGGGCCAGUUACAACUCAAUUGUGCGCGUACUCGAUGACACCGGAUGAAGAUUUUGUGAUUGAUUUUCUGGGAGGGGAGUUUGGGAAGGGUGUGGUGAUUGGUGGUGGUUUUUCUGGUCAUGGAUUCAAGAUGUCACCAGUGAUUGGGAGGAUACUGGCUGAUCUCGUGCUUACUGGAGAGGCAAAAGGAGUUGAGCUAAAGCACUUUAGGAUAGCAAGAUUUGAGGAGAAUCCCAGAGGGAACAUUAAAGAUUUUGGAGAUCAAGUUGGCCUAUUAACAAGUGCACUGUGAGUGAACCAAAACCAAUUUCGACGUAUUGAGUUUUUCUUCAUUGUUCCCAUUCAUAUCACCCGCAUCAGGACUCUGACCCCACCCUUCUCUCCCCCCCCCCCCCCCACCCCAAAGCUUUCCCUUUUUUUCUUCUGUUGAAUGAUCAUCAAGAAAAAUGAAUAAAACUUUUUUAUUUUGCUCUCUAUCCGGUCUAUGUUGCGUGCUGUAUCAGUAAUAUCUGUCUCAACCUCAUCUAAUUUAUGAAUCAGCCAAGUCAAUAGUUGUAUGACAGAAGUUCAAGUUAGACUAUGUUGGAUUUGACUAUCACCAUAUAAGCCCCACACAUUCAAAGGACAAUUUCAGGAUUAAGGCAAGAAAAAAGAGAGAAGAGAAGAAAGGAUGGGUGCGGGUGAGAGAGGGAGAUACGCAGCGACCAGUGGAAAAUAAGAUUAGAUAGGCACAAACUGUAAUGAAAAUCUGCUGACAAUGAA